AGUUAUGCCUUUAUUUUGAAGGAUUGGCGCCGGAAGUCAUUGUGGUAGCAGCAGGAGCACAGUGUGGAGAGAAGCCGCCAUCGCUUCCUCGUAGCUUGUUUCUCGCUCUAUAACUUAUUAUUUAAGCUUUCAGUGAACCUGACUGGUGACGGUGUCUGACAAUGAUCAUCCCUAUCCGCUGCUUCACAUGCGGGAAGAUCGUGGGUAAUAAGUGGGAGGCAUACCUCGGCCUACUCCAAGCAGAGUACACUGAGGGUGAUGCCCUUGAUGCCCUGGGCCUGAAGAGAUACUGCUGUCGGAGGAUGCUCCUUUCUCACGUGGAUCUUAUUGAGAAGUUAUUGAAUUAUGCUCCACUGGAGAAGUGAUUGCUACUGGCUACCUCCAAGAACUGCAGGGACUUUGUGGGGCUGUGACAUGGACAGAGUCAUGUUAUUAUGUUUUUGUCUGACAGAAGAUCACAGUGAAGACUUUUGAAAUGUUAAUUUGUUUUUCUAAAUAAAGCUAUCAAAUGAC